AAAGGCUUGGGAGGGAAAGGAAAAUUGACAGGCAAAGUCAUCGACGAACUGUCAAUUUAUUACGGGUUAGCCAUUCGUCGGAAUUGUGAUUCAACUGAAGAAAUGAAGAAUGCUAUUUGGGCAACGCUUGAUCACAAAAUGUCAACAGAUGAAAAUCCGCAACACGACCGCUGCCCGAAGGGUGAAGAUUCUUGGUGCUCGUGGCAAAGAGCGAAAGCUACGAACACUUUGGACGAAUAUCAACACAAUUCACCUAUGCGCGCUGAAGUGUUCGAAGCUAUAAAGCCGAUAUACGAAAGACUUACGUCGGACGAUCUUCUCACUCGUUGUAUCGGAGGCUACACGCAA